AUGUGGAGAUCGUCAUGCGCUUGGUUAAAGCGGAGUGUGUCAACGACUGUGUUGCAUGGAAGAAAACAGCCGGUGGGGUUGGGGGUUUGCUGGGGAAACGCCUACGGUUGUGGCUCCCUCUUUGCAUCAUCAACCUCAUCGUCCCUUGUUUUAACUAACGCCUUAUCAGCAGCAGCCGCUGGUGGUUCCGACGAGGCCUCCAACUCAGGUGCUGCUGCCGGAGGAGGAGAAAGUACGGACAGCGGCGGCGUUGUGGUAGAAGGAGAGCCCAUAUCAUAUGCGGAGGCAAAGAAGCUAAUGAGAUUGGUGAAUGUGGAGGCACUGAAAAAAAAGAUUGGGAUGGAAGGUAAGGAAGUAAUCGGGUAUUCGGAUCUUCUCGAAGCAUGCGAGAGCAUGGGUGUUGCUAGAUCUGCUGAUGAAGCCACCGCAUUUGCCCGAGUACUUGACGAGGCUGGCGUUGUCCUUCUCUUCAGAGACAAGGUUUUCCUUCAUCCCGAUAAGGUACUUUAGGCUAUGGAUCUGCUCGUUGUUUCUUCGCCUUUUCGCCUUUCAUUCAUCCUCACUUCCUACACGUGUCAGCCGCGUCUUUUGGGCCUUCUUCUUCUAAGGUUCAUUUAUAAAAAAAAAUAAAAAUAAAAAUGCAAUUCUUGCUCUA